CACGUCGUUAGGUCAUCAUCUGAAUGUACCGGAGGAGUGAGUUAUCAGUCCCCGCCCCGGCACUUCGCUCAAUCCAACCUGAAGACAGGGCGAGUCAGCGGCUACAAAUAUAACUGCUAACACAAGAUGGCCGGUUUGCCUCGUAGGAUUAUAAAGGAGACACAGCGGUUGAUGGCAGAGCCCGUCCCGGGGAUCACAGCUACGCCCGACGAGGGGAACGCACGCUACUUCCAUGUGGUCAUCGCAGGGCCUCAGGACUCGCCGUUCGAGGGAGGCACGUUUAAACUUGAACUAUUUCUUCCAGAAGAGUAUCCCAUGGCAGCUCCCAAAGUGCGAUUCAUGACCAAAAUCUAUCACCCCAACGUCGACAAACUGGGAAGAAUAUGUUUAGACAUUUUGAAAGACAAGUGGUCCCCAGCCCUGCAGAUCCGCACAGUGUUGCUAUCUAUCCAGGCAUUAUUAAGCGCUCCCAACCCAGACGACCCCCUGGCAAACGACGUCGCAGAGCAGUGGAAGAAAAACGAAAGCCAUGCCAUCGAGACAGCCCGAACAUGGACCAGGCUCUACGCGAGCAACACUGAAGUAUAGAGGAACCGAGAAGAGGCGUCUGAAUGUGAUCCUCAAAAUGUACUCCUAUACUGUCAACCUUUGAAUUUAACGGACACAUAGAAAAAACAAAACAAACAAAAACAAGGAAUAAGUCCAAAUAUAUUUGAAAGAAAUGAUGAGAAUUACUGCUGCAGACCCUUGGGUGACUUAUUUUCCUCUCUUAAGACGCGUUAAGUGUGUGUUAGCCUUUUGAUUUUGUUUUCUUUUUUUCCCCGUGUUGCUAUUUAAAUGCAUGGACAACCAUCAACACCCUCCCCAUGUCCUAAAGUACAUGCGAUAUGUUGUCCUGAGCUAGUCACAGACUGGUACGUUUGCAAAAUAUUCAUUCAUUAAAGUUUUUUUCUUUUAACAAACCCAUCAUUUGUCAACACAUCUUUGUCUUUUUUUUUGUUUGUUUUGUCCAAGCAGCAGAUGAAAAGUAUUUGUUUUCCAUCUAAGACUAGUGGAAUGAGUGAAUCUGAAUUUUAUGUCCUGAAAAGCAAGAGGAUUUUGAGGUUAAUAAAAGAUUUGAGUUUCAUUUGGUAAAACUAAAAAAAAAUAACACAAAAAAUUAGUGUUCAAAAUUCCUGCAGUAAAUUAUUCUCACAUUCUUCCAGCUAAGUGAGACAAAUCGUCCUUCAAUGCAGUAUAGUUCACGUUAUGACUUACAUAUUUUGCUAUAUUUGUUUUAUUCUGGAACAUAAAACGUCAUCUGCAUGCGCAUUUAUCAUUUUUAUCUCCAUGCAAUUACACGUUUCUGUGAUCAAACCAGGUAUUUGAACAUCUGCAAAAGCUGGAUAAUGAAAGGAAGUUAGUACAGAACCAGAGGCCACUUUUUUUUUUGUUGUUUUCUUUUUGUGUCAGGAAUAUUUUUGGACCCUUUGGGGAGGGUGAGCAGAGUACAUUUACAUGCUUAGUCAUUUCCCAAAACGUCUAGAAUCAUCUCAGUCGGUAAAUAAAGAAGGUUUAGAAGUGUUGAAAAUGACUUGCUUUAGCUGCCUGUCCAUCUUUGAUUUUUAAGAACAAUAAAUAAAGGCAUUCGUCAGACCCAAGCUGAUCGGAGCAACAUGAACUGGUUCAUAUGGGUGUUCAUUUUCUUUCUUUUGAGUCAGUCACGCUUAUGUUCGAACUGUCUGUAAUGAUGUAAUGAUUAUGCAAGUGCAUUUACUUGACUCCAGAGGGGGGAAUAAGGUCAGUUUGGUGGCAGAAAGAAAGGUGAUGUUACAAAAUAGAACAUUUCCUCAAUUCCUACAGGAUUUUGUGUUGGAUGGAAGAAAGCUGUCAGCAUCUAGUGUGGGAGGCUGAAUGAUGAUUUCUGUGGUCAGAUUGUGUCUCAACAGACUAUUGCCUCAGUAACUGGGUUAGGACUUAACAUGUUGUAAAAUAAAUUUUUGUUGGGGUUUGGGAGGAGGGUUAUUGUCCUCUAGUUGUUGCUUAGAUUUGUCAUCCAGUUACUAACUGCUAUGUUUUCUCUAGCUUAAACCCUAAAGGAUGGCCAUAAAUCUUUAAUUUAUUGUUUUCCAAUAGGAGUUUAUGGCAGGAAGUGGUCGGAGCAGCUAGAUGGAAAUAAUUUGAGAUCAAACUGAUAAACCAGCUCCCCGUGUGUACUGGAAAAAAAAAAAAAGAGAAGAAGCAAUUCUGUCAAUGAUUUGAGUACAUUUGCUUACAUGGCUCUUCAAACAUGCUGUAAAUAAACUGAGUUGAGUAAGUAA